AAAAUCAAAUCGAUCACGCCACACCAUGUGGUGCUCCUCUUGGGCUUUCGCCAUCGCCGGCUCCACCAAAGGUUAGUAGCGACCGACUCUCCACGACACGUCAGCUUCCCGGCCAUCCACGUCAGGGUCAAGAUCUAGUCCACGUCAGUUCAGCUUUACCCAGUGUCAGUCUGCCACGUGGGCACGCCCGGACCAAAGUCUUUAUAAGGGCAGCUCGUUUCCGGUAGGACGAUAGGCACCAUACAAGCCGGCCGCCCGUCACGCUCUGUUAUCAACCCGUCAAGCCAUUCUUUGUUCCAAGUAGCUCUUUUUUCUUUGGCUCUGGGCCUAGCAGCUCCACAACUGCAAAAAGAGCGCACAAAGGAAGAUUCAAAGGCACCAGCUACGAGGAAGAAAGCGAAGGAAGAAAAGAAAGAGAGAGCAUGAGUUUCGAGAUGAGAUACCACAGUCCGCAUUUCUCCAGUAGAGCUCAGUCAGUCCAGUCGGAUCGAAGAUAGCUAGCGUGUUGCAUUUUCCAUAGUUUGAUUCGUGUUAGCAAAGAAAGAGAGAAACGAGAAAAGCUCGCACAUACCUCCUAUUUUUUUAUUUUUUUUGUUGCGUUCCUGAUUUAAAGGAUCGAUUGCUUCGUUUCUUCCUGCUGCUUUCACGAUGGCCAAGGCGAGCUUUUGCAGCCACUGGAUCCUGCUGCUGCUGCUCGAGGUGGCGCUCUUGACGCACCAAGUUGUGGCGGGACAAGCACCGUAUGCAUGCGACCAGCGCAAUGCGACGCUGCUCCAGUUUGGAUUCUGCAACACCAGGCUGCCGACGAGCACGCGCGUCGAGGACCUCAUCUCGCGCAUGACGCUCCAGGAGAAGAUAAUUCAGCUCGUCAACAAUGCCGCCGGAAUUCCCAGGCUGGGACUCCCCCGAUACGAGUGGUGGCAAGAGGCGCUCCACGGAGUUGCAGUCAGCCCCGGCGUCAAGUUUGGAGGCAAAUUCCCUGGAGCUACCAGCUUUCCGAUGCCAAUUCUCACCGCAGCCUCCUUUGAUGUCAGUCUCUUCCUCAAAAUCGGCCAGGCCGUGUCCACCGAAGCCCGAGCGAUGCACAACUAUCAGCGAGCCGGCCUCACGUACUGGAGCCCGAAUGUAAACAUCUACCGCGACCCGAGAUGGGGCCGAGGCCAGGAGACGCCAGGCGAGGACCCUCUCCUGUCGAGCAAGUAUGCCACGUUCUACGUGCGAGGCCUCCAGGAUACAAACCUCGGCGGUGACAAGCUCAAAGUCUCGGCUUGCUGCAAGCAUAUGACAGCUUACGACGUUGACAACUGGAAGGGCACCACCCGCUUCAAAUUCAAUGCCAUUGUGACCCAGCAGGACUUAUCAGACACGUACAACCCGCCCUUCCAAAGCUGCGUCGAGGAUGCCAAAGUCAGUAGUGUGAUGUGCUCGUACAACCGGGUGAACGGGGUGCCGACAUGCGCUGACUAUAAUCUCCUUAGUGCCACAGUGAGGAGCAGCUGGAACCUGAACGGCUACAUCGUGUCUGACUGUGACUCGCUCCAAACUUUCUUCGACAACACCAACUAUGCCAAGACUGCUGAAGAUGUCGUAGCGGAUGCUCUGCUAGCCGGAUUGAAUCUCGAUUGUGGUCCCUUCCUGGCCAUCCACACGCAGUCUGCAAUCACCAAUGGAAAAAUUACCGAGGCCAAUGUGAACCAAGCACUUCGAUACCUUUACAACGUGCAGAUGCGGCUGGGACUCUACGAUGGAAAUCCACGAUCCCAACCUUACGGAAAUCUUGGACCACAGAGCGUGUGCACCGGAGAGAACCAACAAUUGGCUCUAGAUGCAGCCAAAGAGGGGAUCGUGCUCUUGAAAAACAACGGUAACGUCCUCCCUUUCUCGAAGUCCAAUAUCAGGACCGUAGCAGCAAUUGGGCCUCAUGCAAAGGCAACACGGGCCAUGAUCGGAAACUAUCAAGGAAUACCUUGCAAGUAUACCACGCCUCACGACGGACUCAGUGCCUAUGCCAGAGUAGUAUACUCUGCCGGCUGUUCAGAUGUGGCGUGCUAUUCGGACAGCUUGAUCGGCUCCGCGGUUUCAACAGCGUCCCAAGCAGAUGCGGUGGUACUGUUUGUCGGUCUGGAUUUAAACCAGGAAGCCGAAGGCAAGGAUAGAACAAGCCUUCUCCUCCCUGGAAAACAGCAAGAGCUCGUCACCGAAGUCACGAAAGCAGCAAAAGGACCUGCUGUUCUAGUCAUCUUCUCCGGCGGCUCGGUCGACGUGAGCUUUGCAAAGUAUAAUAACAAGGUGCAAGGCAUACUCUGGGCUGGAUAUCCCGGAGAAGCUGGUGGAGCAGCCAUCGCCCAAGUCCUGUUUGGAGAUCACAAUCCAGGUGGAAGGCUUCCUGUGACAUGGUACCCGGAAAGCUUCACAGGAAUCACAAUGCUCGACAUGAAUAUGCGGCCGGACGCUUCCAGAGGCUACCCAGGAAGAACAUACAGGUUUUACACAGGACAGUCGGUCUAUAACUUUGGCUAUGGCAAGACGUACUCUAAACUCUCGCACAAAUUCAAGGAAGCACCGCUCUCACUCGGGUUCCCGGAGGCAGCAGCGGUCAAGCGAUCUUGCGAUGGCAAUCUAACAUGCUUCCAUCUAAAUGCACACGAUGAGAUUACUUGUAGCACGCUUACCUCCAAGGUGAGAAUUCUUGUCCACAACAAGGGAGAUCGCCCGUCCAACCGCGCAGUGCUGCUCUACUCGUCGCCCCCAAACGCUGGCCGGGACGGCGCGCCGAUCCGGCAGCUCGCUGGAUUCGGGAAAGUGAGCGUUGCGCCAGGCGCCGUGGAGAACGUGGAGAUCGAGAUCGAUCCCUGCAAGCACCUGUCCCACGCGGGCGCCAAUGGCGUGAGGAUCUUGCACGGCGGCAUCCACACGCUCGCGGUCGGCAACGCGCGGCAUCCUCUCCCCAUCCUCCUCCAGUCCUAGAACCCUAAAAUAUUUGCUCCAAAACCCUACAUUCUUUGGCGCUGGCCCAACGAUCCAUUGAUCGAUACAUACAUACGAUACAAGACCAAGAAGAGAUUUUUCUCCCUGUU